AUGAUUAACUGUGAGGAGGACGAGACUAUACAGCACCUCCUCAUGGACUGCUACAGAGCUCAGGAGGUGUGGUCGCUCCUACGGGGCAUCGGUUUUAAAAGAAAAAAAAAAGGAAAGGUCAGGGCGAAGGCCAAGACUCGCUCAUCCCGUGCGGGGCUCCAGUUCCCUGUCGGCCGUGUCCACAGGCAUCUGAGGAAGGGUAACUACGCCCAUCGUGUCGGUGCCGGAGCCCCGGUGUACCUGGCCGCUGUGCUGGAGUACCUGACCGCUGAGAUCCUGGAGCUGGCUGGAAACGCCGCCCGGGACAACAAGAAGAGUCGUAUCAUCCCCCGCCACCUGCAGCUCGCCGUCCGCAACGACGAGGAGCUGAACAAGCUGCUGGGAGGAGUGACCAUCGCUCAGGGAGGCGUGCUGCCCAACAUUCAGGCUGUGCUGCUGCCCAAGAAGACCGAGAAGGCUGCCAAGAAGUGAACACCCUGAUCCCGCUUCAACAAACAACAAAGGCUCUUUUAAGAGCCACACACUUCUAUCCAGAGAGCUUUCCUUCAUCUAACACUUUUACAUUUAUUUAAUCGACGACUAUAAUGUCUUAUUUGUAGUUUCCACUACCCUGAUGUGUAAUGAUGUAUCAUGUAGUGUAACUGCUUUUUCAACACUUAUUUCUAACCUGAGAAAAUCUGGACCAUGCAUUUCCACGAUGCCAAAGCCCCCUGAUGGUCAAAACUACAAUAAAUACAUAGUACAGAUAA